ACACACACAUAAGUCUGUAUGUUGUGAUCAUCAGUAAUAUAAAAUAAACAAACGGAGUUAAAUACAAACUAUUAGUAUAAUAUAUAAUAUAUACGUAAGUACAUUAUUGAGUGAGUGAGUGUUAUAAGUUUGUGAGUGUAAAAAUGGCUAGUAGGGCGAUGGCGGCGAAGGAGCAUGUGGAGGAGAUACGGCGGGAGAAGUUUUCGAUCGGCAGAGAAGAGAAUAAGUUGUCCGGCGAUCUUACUCAGGCCGUUAAAUAUCUUUCCGCCGAACUCUACGCCAAAGACGUCCAUUUCCUCAUGGAACUUAUUCAGAAUGCAGAGGACAACGAGUAUAAUGAGGGAGUUGAUCCAUCGUUGGAGUUUGUUAUUACGUCUAAGGAUAUAACAAACACCGGAGCUGCAACCACGUUGCUAGUUUUCAACAAUGAGAAAGGUUUUUCUAGGAAGAACAUUGAUUCUAUAUGCAGUGUGGGUUUGUCUACUAAGAAAGGCCUUCGUAAACGGGGCUACAUUGGCGAGAAAGGUAUCGGGUUCAAGAGUGUAUUUCUGAUAACAUCUCAGCCGUAUAUAUUUAGUAAUGGUUAUCAGAUUAGGUUCAAUGAAAAACCUUGCCAGCACUGUAAUAUCGGGUAUAUAGUUCCUGAAUGGGUUGAGGAGGAUCCAACUUUAUCUGCCAUUCAAAGUGUAUAUGGUUCAUCGACCUCCCUUCCAACAACGACUCUCGUCUUGCCAUUGAAAGCAGAAAAGGUCAAAGCGGUGAAGGAUCAACUUUCAAAUGUCCAUCCUGAAGUUCUUUUAUUUUUGGCCAAGAUAAAGCGGCUUUCAGUAAGAGAAGUCAAUGAGGAUCCUAGGCUUAACACUGUGAGCGCGAUAUCCAUCUCCAGUGAGAAAAACUUUGUUACCUUGAAGAGCAUGGAUGCUGAGUCCUACAGUCUUCAUCUUACUGCUGAAGAUACUGGGAAUGAUGAUGACACGGAAUGUGGGUACUAUAUGUGGAAGCAAAGAUUUCCGGUUAGACAGGAAAACAAAGUUGAUGCACGAUCCGAAGUUGAAGAAUGGGUUAUCACACUGGCUUUUCCAAAUGGGAAAAGACUCAAAAGAGGCACGAGCAUGCCUGGCAUUUAUUCGUUUCUACCAACAGAGACGGUUACAAACUUUCCUUUUAUCAUCCAAGCAGAUUUUCUUUUGGCAUCAUCUCGAGAAAAUAUUCUCUGGGAUAACAAAUGGAACCAAGGAAUUCUUGAUUGCGUGCCAGUUGCUUUUUUAAAUGCAUUUACAUCACUUGUAAAGUCUUCGGCAAAUGCUCCUGUGUCAAGUCUCCCGAACCAGUUCCGGUUCUUACCCAUCCUAGAAUCAUCUCAUCCUAAACUGAAUCGGAUUCGUGAUGCAAUUAAAACGAGAAUGAUGGGUGAGACUAUUAUCCCAUGUGAGUCAUACACUGUGCAAAAGUUGUUCUCUAAGCCUGGUGAAGUUUUUCGGAUGAUGCCUUCAUUUUGGAGCAUUUUGAACGAGGCAAGGAAUGAAGGUGUGAGUUUCGAUAAUAUUUCAUCUCACGGAGCUUAUAUUCUCACUUCUUCAUUUGAUAAAGCAGAGUACAAGUCCAUUUUGGAGUUUUUGGAAAUCCAGUAUGUUGAUUAUGAAUGGUAUGCAAAGUGCAUAGCCAGUUCUAAUCUUGUAAAAGGCGUGUCGGAGGGUGUUUAUUUGCAACUUCUGGUAUUCAUUGCGGAGGAAUGGAGGUCUUUUCACAAGACCAACAUCAAGAACAUAUCCUUGAUAAAGUAUGUCGGGAUGGAUGGCAAAGUUGAUCUAUUCAAAGUUAGUGCAUGUGCAAACAAGCUGCUUGCUACAGAUUCUGAUCACAUCUCUUGGCUAAUUAAUUGGAACACAGAAUUCCAUUGCUCAACUGGUCAAUACUUUAUGCCUAAAGCCACACAAGAAGCAAUUGGAUCAUGUUCUAAGAAGCAGGUUUUAAGAAAGUGGCUUGAAGAAGAGGUGGCAGUUGAAUUCGUCAGAGUUUAUGAAUAUGCUGUUCAGCUUAGCUCUUCACUUGGUUCUGACCGCAAAUUGGCUGUUACUUAUGCUCACUUUCUUUACAACUCCCUAAGAAAGAAGUACUUGCAGAAUUAUGAGGUUGAAAUUAUCUGCGAUGAUAUGCCGAUUGUGGAUAAUUAUGGGAGGGUGACGACAAGAAGACGUGGGGUUCUUGUGCCAGCAAGUGGAAGCAAAUGGGUUGAACUGAUUCGUUCAAAUCCUUGGAGACAACAUGAUUUUGUUGAGUUGGGAGAAGAGUAUACCCAUCGCGUGAGAUAUUUUGGUACUGAAACAUCGGGCAAAGAACUUCUUUUGUUUCUGGCAACUUAUGUUGGAGCAUCUGAUGUUCCUCAUCUAUCUCCCCCUAAUGCUGCUGUACCUACUAUGUCAUCCCCACUAACUGAAAGUAACACAUUGUUGCUUCUAGACUGGCUUUACAAUCUAAGGGCAAAGAGGGUUGAUUUACCAGAAAGGUUUUUGUCAUCCAUAAAAAAUGGCAGCUGGUUAAAGGUCUCUCUGAGCGGCAGUCCUAGCUACAGGCCCCCUUCAGAAUCAUUCAUGCUUGAAUCAUCAAUUGGUCAUCUUCUACAGAAUGGAUCAGUUCUAGUUGACAUCCCAUUGGUGGAUGUUGAGUUCUAUGGUAAUGAGAUACAUAGAUACAAAGAUGAGCUGAAAGUAAUUGGUGUACGCUUUGACAACAAGGAUGCCUGUGAAUUCAUUGGUAACCGUCUAAUGUCCAUUGCAGCUUCCUCAAAGCUUACAAGGGACAAUGUUGUUUCAAUACUGAAAUUUAUUCAGUACUUAGGAGCAAAUUGUAUCCCUAGUAAGGACUUUGUUGACAGCAUCAAAGACGGUAAAUGGCUGAGAACAUCUCAAGGUGAUAUGAGUCCAAGAAACUCUGUUUUGUCCAGUCAUGAAUGGAAUGCUGCUUCAGAAAUUAGUGACAUUCCAUUUAUAGACCAAGAUUACUAUGGUGGAGAAUUACUUUCUUUCAAGAAAGAACUAGAAAUGCUGGAUGUGGUAGUGAGUUUCGGCCAGAAUUGUUACCAGCUUGUUUCACACAAUUUGAAAUCCUCUUCUUCUAUUACUUCUUUGUCAUCUGAUGCUCUCCUGUUAAUCUUACGGUGCAUACAGAAGUUAGAGUCAUCAGAUAAGCUGGUGCAGGCAGUUAAAAACAAGAAAUGUUUGAAGACAACCUUAGGCGACAGAUGCCCAUCUGAAUGUUUUUUGAUUAGUCCAGAAUCUGAAUGGGGUUGCCUUUUACAGGUGUUUGGAUCAUUCCCAAUUCUUGAUGAAAAGUUUUAUGGACGCUCAGUUAUUUCAAUGUCAAAAGAAUUGAAAAUAAUUGGUGUUAUGGUGGAGUUUGAGGACGCCAGCAAAGAAUUUUCACGCACAUUCAAACAACAGGUUUCUUCAUCUUCUAUCCGGAAAGAAAAUGUUUUUUCAUUUCUGGAAUGCUACAGGAAGUUGAAGAAGUUGAAGGUCACGUUUCCUACGGAGCUGAAGGACUGCAUACGCAAAGAGAAAUGGCUAAGAACAAAAUUUGGUGAUUACAGAUCACCAAACAAUUGCGUUCUUUUUGGAAAAAGUUGGGAACCAGUUUCUCCAAUUACUCUCCUUCCAUUCGUUGAUGACAGUGAUAAUUUCUAUGGUAAUGAAAUUCAUGGUUAUCAUGAGGAGCUGGAGAAGUUAGGCGUGAUGAUCAACUUUAAAGACGGUGCCAAGUUUGUGGCUGAUGGCCUUUUGUUACCUCAGGACUGCAGUGGGCUUACUCCUGUAAAUAUAUAUGCAUUGCUUGAUUCUGUGAAGAGACUUCUAGAAGUUGAUUCCAAACUUCUUUUGGAUACAAAAAGUGAUGUUAAAAAGUCUCUGCUACAGAAAGUGUCUGAGAAGAAGUGGUUAAAAACCCACUUUGGAUACAAACGUCCGGAUGAGUGCCUGCUCUUUUGUUCUCCUUGGGAUACUUUCUUGAAACCAAAUGAUGCUCCAUUUAUUGAUCAAGAGUUUUAUGGUUCUACAAUUCAAUCCUACAAAGAUGCGCUCAAUCUUUUAGGAGUAAUAGCCGAUACCGGUAAGGCAUGCAAGCUGCUUGCUCGUUUCCUCAAGUCUCAGUCAAAGUUCGAAAGCAUUCAACGAAUCUACAGCUUUUUGUUCAAUUUUAAUUGGGAGCCUGUUGAUGAAGACAAGAAAAAGAUCUGGAUACCAAGAGGAACCGAGAAUGGAGAGUGGGUCAGCCCUCAAGAUUGUGUUCUUCAUGAUAAAAACAAUCUUUUUGAAGAUCAGUUGUAUGUUCUGGAGAAGUUCAAGUAUGAUGACAACAUUCUCUCCUUUAUGGCUAAUGUUUUUAAAGUGAAUGUGCAUCCGUCAGCUGACGACUACUGCAAGCUUUGGAAGAAAUGGGAAUGUUCAGAACGUAAAAUCACACAUAUUGAAUGCUGUGCCUUUUGGGAGUUUUUGGUUGGUAGCUGGAACUCGGCAGAGGAAAUUUUCAAAAAGAACGUGUCAAAACUUCCUGUCCGGGAUCCUAAAUCUGAUGGGAUCAUUCUAUCUAAUAAAGGAGACACUUUCAUAGACGACGAUCUUUUUCUAAUGGAUCUUUUCCAAAAAGAACUUGACAAAACUUCUUCUCGUCCCAUUUUUGUAUGGUAUCCUCAACCAACAAUGAAUUCUCUCACCCGUACCAAGCUUCUGGACAUCUACAGCAAACUUGGUGUUCGUACCUUAUCUGAAUCUGCCCAGAAAAUUGUAUCUGAUGUUGAUGACGUUGGAUUUGAAUCAGUGAGUUCAAGGGAUAAGAUCGUAAAAAGGGGUUUGCUCAAACUUAUUCUUGGAUUUCUUGCUGUCCCAGAUGUAAAACUUGAGGCUGAAAAGAGAUGCGAACUAGUUAGCCGUGUACUUGCAAUUGAAGCUUUUGAGACAAUAGAACCAAUGGUUGUCCGAUAUAGUCUAUCUUUCUCUUCUGGUGAGCCAGUCAAUGUUGAAGCUCCGAGAAUGAUCCGUUGGGACAAGCAGAACUUCAAGUUCUAUAUGCAAAGGAUGGAGAGAUCUUCUGGUUACAAGAGCGUGUUUGAAUAUGCUACUCAUUUUGCUGAAGUAAUAGCCGACGGGGUCUUGUGGGAGAAUGCUGAACUUGUACCACAACUUUCUGAACUGAUCAGGUUGGGGUUUCUGGUGGAGUUUGAUGAGGAAGCCAUAGAGUUCCUUAUGAAGACAAAGAAUCUGCAACUGUUUUUGGAGGAUCAAGACUUCAUCUCUUCCAUAUUUUCCUCUUAAUAGGAGAACCUACAAGGAAGAUAAUAAUGGUCAGAUGGUUAUGGAGGUAGACAAAUCUGUGAAGUGGCACACAAUGCUGUACUGAUCAAAUGCUGUUUCUGUUUUCUUACUUUAAGGUUGUUUUUUUGGCUUAAGUUUCUACUUGAGAAUAUAGCAAUUCUCAUCAAUGUAAUGUAACUGAACGGGUGUAUUUUGGUUUUUGAAUGUUAAGUUGCAAACCAGGAAAAGUUAUCAUGAAUAUAUUAUGGCACUAAAGUUAUGCAAUAUGGAGUAAUAGUUAUGAUUUAUCA